CUCGGACCCCAUCUAGGAGGCUUCUACUCUCGCCUAGGGUGACUCCUGCGCGUAGCCGAGGAUGGGCUAUCCGCCGAGGAGGCCUCGGGCGUCGCCAGCGCGCUCGCGGACACCCACGCCCGCAACAUGGCAGGCCCGGCCGCGAGCAGCUACUGGAUGUUCUACCUCCUGGACGCCUACAAGGCCGAGCGCCUGCGGCGCGCGAAGGAGGCCUGCGGCUCCGCAGUGGAGCCCGCCUCGCCUGAUGCUCACGCGGUCGAAGACGAUGCGCGCGCCGCCUCGCGCUGCCGGGCCGACCUCAUCGCCGCGGCCGCCACGCCAGAGCGCCUUCGCAGCGCCUUCGGCAGGCACUUCCAGCUGGACAACUAUGUGCAUCUGGUCCUGCAGCCCGGGCCCGACCUCGGUGCUCGGAGCGGUGCCUGCGAGGCGGCAGCGGGCGCUGCCGCUGGUUGAUUACGAAAGCGGCGACCCCCGCGUGUGUGUGUGUGUGUGUGGUGUGUG